CCGAGCGCUCCGAGGGCGGAGAAGGUGCAGCCUGGAGCCAUGGUGAUCAUGUCGGAGUUCAGUGCGGCCCCCGCGGGCUCGGGUCAGGGCCCGCAGAAGCCCCUCCGGGUGGGCUUUUACGACGUGGAGCGGACCCUGGGCAAAGGCAAUUUCGCUGUAGUGAAGCUGGCGCGGCAUCGAGUCACUAAAACGCAGGUUGCAAUAAAAAUAAUUGAUAAAACACGAUUAGAUUCAAGCAAUUUGGAGAAAAUAUAUCGUGAGGUUCAGCUCAUGAAGCUUCUGAAUCAUCCUCAUAUCAUAAAGCUUUACCAGGUUAUGGAAACAAAGGAUAUGCUUUACAUUGUUACUGAAUUUGCAAAAAAUGGAGAAAUGUUUGAUUAUUUAACUUCCAACGGGCACCUGAGUGAGCAGGAAGCAAGGAAGACAUUCUGGCAGAUUCUGUCAGCCGUGGAGUACUGCCACAGCCACCACAUAGUUCACCGUGACCUCAAGACGGAGAACCUGCUGCUGGAUGUCAACAUGGACAUCAAGUUGGCAGAUUUUGGAUUUGGGAAUUUCUACAAGCCAGGAGAGCCUCUCUCCACGUGGUGUGGGAGCCCUCCCUAUGCAGCCCCGGAAGUCUUUGAGGGGAAGGAGUAUGAAGGCCCCCAGCUGGAUGUCUGGAGCCUUGGCGUUGUACUGUACGUCCUCGUCUGUGGCUCCCUCCCCUUUGACGGGCCCAACCUUCCGACUCUGAGACAGCGGGUGCUGGAGGGCCGGUUCCGCAUCCCCUUCUUCAUGUCCCAAGACUGCGAGACCCUGAUCCGCCGCAUGCUGGUGGUGGACCCCGCCAAGCGCAUCACCAUUGCCCAGAUCCGGCAGCACCGGUGGAUGCAGGCGGACCCCGCCCUGCUGCGGCAGGCCUCCCUGGCCUCUCCAGCGCACAGCUGCAGCUCCACCCUGGGCGAGCCUGAUGAGCAGGUGCUGGGCAUCAUGCAGACCCUGGGCAUCGACCGGCAGAGGACUGUGGAGUCGUUGCAGAACCGCAGCUAUAACCACUUUGCUGCCAUUUAUUUCCUUCUGCUCGAGCGACUCCAGGAGUAUCGGAGCACCCAGGGUACCCGCCCUGGGCCUGCCAGGCAGCACCGGCCCAGGAGCUCUGACCUCAGUGGUUUUGAGGUGCCUCAGGAAGGUCUCCCUGUUGACCCUCUCCGCGUCACCCUGCUGUGCCCACAGCCCCAGACCUUGGCGCAGUCCGUCCUGCAAGCUGAGAUGGACUGUGACCUCCACAGCUCACUCCAGCCCCUGUUCUUCCCAGUGGACACCAACUGCAACGGAGUGUUCCGGCACCGCCCAAUCUCCCCCAGCAGCCUGCUGGACACGGCCAUCAGCGAGGAGGCCAGGCAGGACCCAGGGCUGGAAGAGGAGCAGGAGAGCCAGGAGCCCCUGCCCAGCAGCACAGGCCGGCGGCACACCCUGGCAGAGGUCUCUGCCCGCUUCUCCCCACUCACUCCUCCGUGCAUCAUCGUCUCCCCCUCCGCCGCAGCAAGUCCGGCAGAAGGAGCCAGCUCCGACAGCUGUCCCACCUUCUCUGCCAGCGAAGGCCCUACAGGGUUCAGUGGCGACCUGGUCACUCAGGGACUUCUAGGCACCUACUCCCCAGUUAGACUGGCCUCACCAUUCCUGGGGUCGCAGUCUGCCACUCCUGUGCUGCAGGCUCAGGGGGGCCUGGGAGGAGCCGCCCUGCUCCCUGUCAGCUUCCAGGAGGGCCGGAGGGCGUCGGACACCUCGCUGACUCAGGGGCUGAAGGCCUUUCGGCAACAGCUGAGGAAGACCACAAGGACCAAAGGGUUUCUGGGGCUGAACAAGAUCAAGGGGCUGGCUCGCCAGGUAUGCCAGUCACCCUCUAGCCGGGCCACCAGGGGAGGCCUGAGCCCCUUCCACCCUCCCGCGCAGAGCCCAGGCCUGCACAGCAGCACAGCCAGCGGCCGAGAGGGCCGGAGCCUGCUGGAGGAGGUGCUGCAGCAGCAGAGGCUGCUCCAGUUACAGCAUCACCCAGCUGCCCUACACACCUGCCAGCAGGCCCCCCAGCCCUACAUGCUCGGUCCCUGCGAUGGUUCUGGGGCCACCCCGCUCCCCAGUGCUCUCCUCACAGCUGGGCUCCCGCUGCUGCCACCUCCCCUUCUCCAGGCCAGCAUCUCUCCGGUGGCCUCAGCGGCACGGCUGCUUGACACCCACCUCCACAUCAGUGCCCGUCCAACGGCCCUCCCCACCAUGCCCCCACCACCGCACCUGGCUAUGCUGGCUCCAGGCUAUGACCCCACAGGACUGCCACAGGGGGACUGUGAGAUGGAGGACCUGACCUCCUGCCAGCUGGGGACGUUCGUGCUGGUGCAGUGAGGACCCCACCCUUGUCCUUGAGUGUAGAGACUGACUCUUCCAAGCAAUAACUUUAGAGUAUGUGAAGAUGUUAUCGCACUCAAAGCCAAGAACUUUCUAGAAGCGAAACAAGCAAUACGUUAGGUGUUUUGGCUUUUCAGUUUAUUUUUUGUUUUAUUUUUUCCUUGCACUGAGUGACCUCAACUAUGAGUAGAGACUAGAAACUUUCUGAAGAAAAAUAAUAAUCUAGGGUGUGUCAUGCAGGCGGGUGUACAGGAGGGAGGAGUAGGGUGCCAGACGGUGGCUGGCUAGCACCACUGUACAGGUGGGGUGAUGGGACAGGAGGAGCCACCUGGCAGAGGGACCUCAGCUCCUUGUCCACGGCUUUCUGGGGUGGUGAUGGGAUUACCUGGGCAGGCUGUGUGUGUGUGUGUGUGUGUGUGUGUGUGUGUGUGUGUUGAUUACUAUCCCGUUUUUAGGUAACAGUUAAUCUGCUUCUUGAAACAUUUAUGCUAUUAUGAAACUGUGAACUUUUUGCUUUUAUAUAUCAGUUUUAAAACAGCUCUAAAUGGCUGGCCCAGGUGAAUUAAUCAAGGAAUUCUUUGGAUUCUCUCCCCUGAAAUCAGAACCCAGAGGACAGUUGUUUUUUUUUUUUUAUUUUACAUGAGAAGUUUUAUAAACUGCCCAAGAGUCAGUUUUCCAGGAUUCUUUGGAGGAACCACAGGAAGAACCUAAAAGUGGGGAGGGGUCACUGGGCCCAGAGACCCCAGGGCCAUCAGGACGCUGAGGAGUUUCUUUCUGCUGUGCCCGUGUCUUGUCUCUGCUGCUAAUGAAGUUUUUAUGCAUUUCACUAUCAGGGUCCAACAAGAAGGCCUGACUUGAGUGCAACGGUGCAGUGUUGGUAGGCUAUGACUGAACAGGACAGUGGGAGCCGGGCUCGCUGACCCUUCCCAGGGGAUGGGACAGAGCCCCAGACCCAGGCUGGGCUUGUGUUGCUAGGCUUUUGUUCCAGGAAGGUAAAGUUAGUGUUUUAUAGCAUUGGUUUUUUGUUUGUUUGUUUAUUUGUCUUUUAAGAGCAAAUACUGUAUCUGUAUAUAAACAGGGACAAAUAUACACUACUUAUUUUUUAUAUUUUGUACCACGCCUUUGUGUUCCUGGUUGACACAGCUUCCCUGGGUCAUGUUAGGAAGCGUCCCCAGCAGCAGCAGGUUUGUGGUUGGGAGGGGCCACAGGGCCUGCUGUCCCUCAGUGCUGGGUGGAGGUGCAGGAAGGGCAGCCCUGACCGGACAGGUUUGGGCUCACCUUAGGCAGGGAGACUCAGGUGGUGGCUCCGGCGUCAGAAGCCUCUUGAAUGCAACAAAGGAAACGUGCUGCUCCCCACUCGCUGUCUCAAGCUCCCGUCCCUCUACCCAGCCCAGGUGCCUUCAACUUACUUUGGCUUCUCACAACCUGCAGUAUUAAACAGGGGUUGUUAGGAAAGGGGGGAAAGUGGGUAUUUUUAAAAGCCAAAGAUUGACCCAGUUACUUGAGGGUAGGAGGCAGAGCAGGCUGGCGCAUGGGGUCCGUGUCCAUGCGGUCAGUGCCCAGCAGAUGGUCUGUGCCCUGCCUGCCAUGGGUGAGCUUGCUACUCCGCCCCCACUGCUCUGCGCUCUGUGACUGUCUCACGUGGGGCGAGGGGCUGUCUGGAGUGGGCUGCCUGGUGCCUGGCUGCAAAGUCCACAGGCUCCUGCUGACUUGGGAAGAUGUCAGAGCGGGAGAGGAGCCGGCGUCCAGGGCAGCAGGCCCUUUGCCCUCAUUUCACAGAGGCCCCCUUUGCCGAGAUGUCUGUUCUAACGCGCAGAUCAAAGGCCUCGCCGCCACCGUGUGCUUCCUCUUUGAAGCAACUAUGAGCACUUUACUUUCACAGUGGUUCGUGUUUCUCCUCAUUGCUGUAGAACCUCUUCUGGAGGACAGUGAAGUCAUGUUUUUGUGUCUUGUUUUUGAAGAGUGUGUGCUGUGUGUCCUGUGGGUCUCAGCAACGCCGCUCUGCACUCUCAACGCAGUGGCCGUGUGAGGACACUGUGCCAUCUAACUCAAUGUACAUAGGGUUUUUUUUUUUUUACCAUAACUGAAUUAUUUUGUUUCUUAUGUUAACAUGAGAAAUGUAUGCCAAAUGAUUAAUGUAUGUUUUUUAAUUUAAUAUUUAAAUAAAAUAUUUG